AUGGCAUCCAAACUCACAAACGACAUCGUCAAAAUCCUUGAUGGAAUCGAAGCCGAUGCACCAGGCAACAGCGAGGUGGAUCGUCUCCACCUCCGCGCAGCCGCACGUCGCCUCCUCGCGCGGGUAGAAACGCCGUAUGAACGGGCUUGGUUCUUGUGUUUCGACCAACCGAUCAUCUUCGCCGCGAUACAGAUGUGCAUUAACUUACAGCUAUGGAAGGCAUGGUCCGAUGCUGGGGGUGGAGAAAUGUCGCUUGAUGAACUCGUCCAGCUGAUAACACCGACCGCUGAUACUAACCUCCUGCGUCGGCUAUUGCGCCUUCUAGCCGCGUUCGAUGUGGUGGAGCAGACUGCCGCAGACAUGUACAAACCCACAGCGUUCUCGUAUGCGAUCGGGGACGAGAGCACGAAGGUCCGCACCUCAUUCCAGGCGGGGACAUACCAAUACCUCCCUGCAGCACUGAACCUACCCACCUACCUAGCCAACAUAGGCUACCGCGAGCCCACGAGCGUCUACGACACCGCACGCUUGCUGCGCCAGUCGCCGCUGGAGAAUGGCUCCGCAUUCGUGGUCGACGUGGGUGGCAAUACCGGCAUUGAUAUCGCGCAGGCGCAGAAGAAGCAUCCAGACCUUUCUGCCGGAGCAUUCAUCCUACAAGAUCUCCCGGAGAUCAUCGAAACAGCCCGGGUAGAUGAGAAGAUUACGACGAUGGCGCAUGACUUCUUCUUACCACAGCCGGUGCGAGAGAGCCAUAUCUAUUUCAUGCACGCCGUCUUGCACGACUGGCCGGACGACAAAGCCAAGAAGAUCCUCGUCCACAUUAAAAAUGCAAUGAAGAAAGGGUACUCCAAGCUCCUCAUCUACGACAUUGUGCUUCCUUCCACAAAGGCGAGCACAGUCCAAGCGACAAUGGACGUGCAGAUGAUGUCGUUGCUUUCUGCGGCGGAACGCACGGAGGCAGACUGGAGAAGGCUUUUGACUGACGCGGGCCUCCAGGUUUGCAAGUUCUGGCCGGAUCCGCGGCAAUAUGAAAUGAUCAUUGAGACCGAGGUCGAGGAUGUUCCGCGCCGUCGGGAGGAAGCAGAUCUCUAGAUAAGCGAGACAAGACAACAUAAAGAUAUCUCGUCUGCGAGAGCCGGGUUUUGCCAAGCACACCGGGGUGGGACUCACCGUUCACUAGCAAAGGGGGAUGCGUCGCUCCGUGAGCUUUCAGUGCUUUUUCUCUACCAGGUGGUAUGAUUCAGACUUAGGCAUUAGCAAUGGGUAUUUUGGCGGAGUCAGGGUCAGACUUACGAGUCGUCUUGAUCUAAUCCCGAGUGAAAGUACGGGAGUAGGUGUGAAUUAGGAUUCGGCUAUACGACCGGUCCCCUUACAGAUUCCAGAAGAUGGAUUGCAAUAUAUAGCCCAUACUUUGCUCAGAUGCAGGCUCUCCAACGAUAGCAUCGACCGGGGCAGGUGCUGAAGAUUUACUGGUCAGUACCAGUAGC